AUGCCGAAAGUCACCGUCCACUUCAAGGACGCCCUGGCCUUCCAGGGCGCCAUCGACUCCGCCACAAAGAUUCUAGAGGGCCCAAAGGGACCGCCGCCUAUUGCAAUUGCAUCUACCCCCCCUGUCUACAUAUCGGGCCGCGACCUUACGGAAUCUGAAGUGGGUGAAUUGAAGAGUCUGCCGGGGGUAGAUGCUGUUCCUCAUCAUGGUUAG